UCGUGAUCUAGUAUCGGAAUAAUGGAGAAAAUGUUGAAGCUUUAUCGAUAUUUAGUACUGUUCCUUUGAUGGCUUUUCGGACUUACUCGUUUGGGGGGCAGUCACAUUUCCGCCAACUUGGUUAUGUCAAAUGCAUUACGUGAUUCUUCGUGAUCGUAAUAACUGUCAUUGAUAGUAGAUUCCUUGGUAUAUAUGCUGCAAACAGAAUGGCAUGACGAAAGCCUUAUACUAUAUCAACAGGAAAAAAUUCAACGUUGAUAAUUUUAGUCAGAGCUCUCACCGUUUGCACACGUACAUCUGUUUCUAUCUAUACAAGCCUGAAUCUGUACUUAGUUUGCUCGGACUACCCAGAGUUUAGCAAGAGUCAUUGUUGAUUCGCACCAGGAUUGGGACCAGAAUUUGGACCUGUUGAACGACUCGGCACUCUGCAUAAUAAUCCAGUUGACAGUGGUCGUAUGACAGUUUUGGGACCUUCGCUAAGUUUAAUCGGUUGCAGAAGAUAACUGAUUAUUAAGUGGAAAGUGAUUCAGCAGCCCCGGUGGAUGUUAAUAACGGAAUGUCUUUGAAUUAUCCCGGACAAAGCUCGGAAUUACUAGAGCCGAAUGUGGUCCCUUUUAAUAAUGCAAAGGAUAGCUUUCCAGGCAAACCUCCACCUUUUCCACUUGGAAACUAUUGGUAUAACUGCCCAUUACCUGGUACCAUGAAUACAGCACCACAAAAUCAGUUUGGAAAUAUUCCACUCCACAAUGCCUCUGUUGGUCCGAUGCCUCAGUUCAGUGUGCCACCACCCCCAUUACCUGAUUCAUCAAGCAAUAUGUAUAAAAGGGAUUUGCAUGUACCGCAGUUUCAUAAUCUUCAAACAAAUGAAUUUUCAAAUCAUGUACCCGUUGCUGCGCAAUGUCACAACAUCAAAACAGAAAAUCCCACUUUCUACAAUAACUUAAAUACAAAUCCUUCAAUGACAAGCAAUAUUGCAAAGAAUACCGAAUCAGAAUCUGUUGAACAUACUGAGAAUAAACCACAACUAAUUGAGACUGAACAAAAAAAGUUAGAAGAAAAUGACCCGCUAACUCUACAAAUGUCUAAGUGUCCUCCUGAAGAAACAAUAACGAAUGGAAAUGAGACCAGAACAGAAAGUCCCAAAACUCUGAAACCAGUACUUGGAAAAAUCCAAGCGAAAAAGCGUUUAAUGGCAUUUGCUAAUAAGUUCGGUAUUACUUCGAAGUUUCAAAAACCUAAAAAAAUUGGAGAUGUAAAACCAGUUUCUACUGAAGUAGUGAGGAAUAAAACUAGAUCGACCGAUCCAGCUAAAGCAUUACUUGAUGAAUUAAAUGAUGCUAAAUUAAAAAUUGAGUCAACUUUACAAGCUCAGGAGCAGCAAAGUAGCUCUGGUAGUGGCUAUAGAAAGAAACGACCAGUUGAUGAGAGAAUCUUGGCUAUAGAAGAAAUUGUUCGAGAGGAAUCCAUGAAUAAGUUGUUCCUAAGUCGUGGCUUUAUGCAAGAUUCCAAAAAUGCUCGUAUGGAUGGUAGAGAUUCAGGUGGAAAAUUUGUCAACUCUAGAAAAUUUGCGGAACGGAGGCGGCAAAAUAGUAGAGAACGGAGGGCAUAUCGUGGAAGCAAAGGUGAUCGAGAGGACAGAGAGAGAAAUGGUAGUAGAGAUUACCAUAGAUUAUCUUCUGAAAAGGACUAUAGAAGAAAGGACAGAGAUAGAAAAGAAGAAAGAUCCAAAAGAACGGAUAUGAAGGAUUCCAUGAAAGAUAAAGAAAAUGAUAACUCAAAGGAAAAAGAGAAAGACAAACUAAAGGAAAGAGAACCUGACAACUUGAAAGAAAGAGACAGAGAACGUGAAAGAUCAAAGGAUCAAGAAAAGGAAAGACUAAAGGAUAAAGACAAAGAGGAAGAAAAGGAAAAGGAGAAAGAUUUAGUAAAAUAUGAUUCCUGGAUCGAAUUGAAGAAAGCUACUGAAUCUGUUGAUAUAAUUCGGCGACAAGAAAAUUUGGAUCGCUCAGUAAAAAAUAGGACUGCAGAGGACUACGCUCGUCAUUUAGCACAAAUGUUAAUGCUACGGGAUUACCGAAUGAAACGUCGUUCAUUCAUCGGCCUGAGUAUCGAAGGUCCAAAAGAGUAUCCCCCGGAAUCAAUAAAAGUAACAAAGAAGGGCAAAAGUCCUCCAGUACUUUACUGCGAGAAUCCACGUAUUUCUCUUUUUCUGAAUUGUCAACAAAUCCUUCAAGCGGUAACACCUGGACGCCGGGAACGAAUAAAAGACAUAUGUGAGCCAACACAAACAAGAAAACUCGACGAAGAAGAUGAUAUAGAAGAUACUCAAGUGCACUCUCGAGCGUGGUACAGCAGAAUACGUGAUUCGACAAGCUUAAGAUCACCCAGUGAGCUACUUGUACCCCAGUCAUCAAGAGACGCUGUAUGGAUUCCGAAGUCAAAAUGGGACAGCGAAGAUGAUGCUUCUCCACAAUGUGAUAGCGACAUGCAAAAGAAACUAGGGGAAAGAAAUGAAAUAUAUAAGGAAAAAUUGGAAAAGUCAGAACCGCAAGCGCUUUUAAUCCCUAACACUAUCCCGGGAGUCGACAAGCCAGACCCAGCUCGCGGCAUUCUAUUCAGAGGAGAUGAGGCUGCGGAGAAGAUAUCGAGGACCUCUUCCGUCGUUGGCAGUGAAAAGGGUGACGAGAAACUUGCUUCGGAAUACGAACAAUUUAUGCGUAUGGUUAGCAGCGAAGUUCCCGAAACGGUUACUCCCGUAGGUGGCAAAGCCAUGUCAUCUUCCUCGUCUUCGCCCUCGUCCUAUUCAUCGUCGUCUUCAACGAGUUCUUCUUCCUCCUCUUCCAAGAACAGUUCAGAUGAAGUUACGUCACCUUCCACCUACCACGAAUUUAAUCUCGAGAACUUUUUACAUCCAAAACGUUUCGCGAUCCCGGAAGCUCUGGCCACGAUUGCCGAUGAGUCGCUGAGUAAGGAAAAAGAAUUAACAGCCAGAACGGUACAGCAACUUCAGGCCGGCCAGGAAAACGAAGAGUCCUUAAGCACUGUGCCGUCAUCAAGGGCAAGCGAUUCGCAGAAGCAAUUGAGUAAGGAAGACGGAGAAAAGUUAUUAGAAAAUAGUAGGCGUAAGAAGGUCGAGGAGAAGAUUCAGGUGCAAAAGCAUAAACGAAGGAAAUCCGACGAUUCUUUUUCGAUUCCGAGCGAUUGGGAAAACGUUAGAAUUAAAGUGGAGAUGACUAGCGAUGAAGCCAACGCGGAUGCGAAACAUACUCGUAAACGAAGGAAUCGCAGGAAAGAAAAGAGGGUAAGAUCGAGCACGGAAUCCUCGACUACGUCCUCGAAUUCGGACGACUCUGAAGAGAGAAGUAAAAAACGUGUGAAGAAACGAAAGGUGUCUAAAACUAAGGAGUCCAGCUCGGAGUCUAGCGAUAGUAGUAGCAGUAGCUACUCUUCCAGUGCAGAACACGUUCGGAAGAGAAAACGCAGGAAAAAGAGCGAUAACUCCCGGAAAAGCCGAGGAAGUAGUGGGAAGAGUCGUAAGAAACGUAAACGAGCCCGGGAUUCUGAUUCCAGUUCCACGGAUUCUCAUAAAAGUAAGAAGAGAGAUAAAGCCGGAAGGGAAAAUAUCAAGAUUAAGAAAGAGGUCGAGGUGGAAGAAAAAAGGUCUCAAAGAAGUAAAGCUGUGCCCGAACCGGCAAGAGUUGAAAUUCAUUCUAUUAAAGACGUGCAAUCCGACACGUUUGAAAGGGAUAAAUCCGAAGAAAUGAGGAUCGCGAGAACGGUGGAGGAUGAAGUGAAAAGGUCGUCUCAGCAGUCUUUAAGGCGACAACGAUUAAAUUCAGGUGAUCGCGAAAACUUCCCUCUGGAAUGGAACAAGGAAAUCGAAGUACCGGCUCCCUUCACCAAAAGCAUCUCUGUAGCGAAAAGCCAAAGUUCGUCCACGCAAAUUGUUGAAAGACUGGAGGACUCUAAGGCGAAGUCUAAUCGCUCCGAGGCGGAUUGUUUAGUGAACGAAGCUUGGGAAAGAUCCAAGAUAGAGAAACAGAUCAUCGAGCGGGGAGAUCAAGACAUGAAAUCCGUGAAAAAAUCGGACGAAACGUCGAGGCACUCCAAUUCGGAAUCCCUCGUCGAGGAAAUUCGAGAAAAGCGAGCCGUUGAUCAGGCGAACACCGAAGAAUGGGAAAGGCACAAAUUCGAGGGAGAACCUGAAAACAGCGAAAACGACUCCAGUAGUUCUAGAAAUAGGAAGAAAGGAAAGCGGAAAGGUAACGAGAAGCCAGAAAUGUUCCUUGACUGGGAGAAGGACGAAAUGUGUCACAAGGAUAAGCAUGCUAAGCGCGAAAAGGAUAAGAAGAAACGCAGGACAAGGGACAGCUGGACCGAGAAUGAAUUCGACACUUUAAAUGUACCAUCUUUAACGCAACUGGAAAGGGCUGAUAGCAAGGUCGAAAGAGACCCGAUAUCUAUGUUGGACGAUUGGGAGGUGGACAGUCUGGAGGCCCUAAAGGAUUCGCGUCUGACCAGCAGAAAAAAAUUAGACGAACCUGAAAGUAUUAAAAGGUUCGAGAAGAAGGUGAGAUACGACAGCAAAACGGACACUUACAUCGCAGUGGAGGAGAAGGCCAAGUCUGAGAGUGCCAGACGAAAGUACCCCGACGCGUUCCGCAAAUGCGCUAUCAGAAUCUGGGAAGAGGAGCAGGAGGAGGGCGAUCGCGAAGAGAUGAUGCUGAUUCAGGAGAAGAAAUUAAAAUCCCGAAGGGAAGACGUCGACUCUGUAAGUUUAGAUAUCCCUAAGGAAAUUAUUAAGGAUGAAAAGGAGUCCGAUAAUAAGAGCGAAAAGGUGCAUCACCGUGACGAGAUGGAUCCCUUUGAGGCUGCGGAGUGGAGUUCCGUGGAAAAGGCUGAGGUCUUGAUUCCCAGGUCGUCGAAAACGGGAACCGAGUCCAGAAAAUCCGCUGCCGACAGGAAAAGCCGGUGGGACGUCGAGGAUGUCAAAAGUCCUGCCGUUAGCGAGGAAUGGGAGACCGUUAAGGAAAGGAUGAAGGUUGCACCUAUCUCCUCGGACCAACUCGAGGUUGCCAGCGGGUGGUCGGACAUCUUGAAUAUCAAUAAGUCAGCUGAUGUUAAAAGAAUUAAAGAGGACACCGAAAUUGAACGUUCCGUGACCAGCGAUGAUAGCAGAAAGUCAGUCCUGUCGUCUAGUUUUUCAUUUUUAUCUAAAGAGGACAUAUCUGCAACAAUUGCGUUCGCAAACACUGGAACAGAGUCUAACGAGAUGAAAUUCUGCGAGAAGCUCAUCAUCGAGGAACCUGAAGCUGUUGCGCGUUUGAGAAGACAACAUGUCGAGCUGUACAGUCCUGGUUCUUCGGCUCAUUCCCAGAGAUCUGAAGAAGAUGCUGACGCAUGUGUACGAGUCAAGUCUAAAAAGGGCAAACGGUCUAGGUUAGUCGAGAUAAUGGACGAGACGUCGGUUUGCGAUAUACCCUUGCCGAAAGAACAGUUUCCUGGAGAUAUACUGGCGCCCCAAGAUUCACGUAAUGCAGAAACAGAAUCUCAUAGUAAAGAAAGUUUGACGGAUAAGAGCUCCGAAAGAACGACCAACUCCGAGGACGCGGUUUCCGAGACCUGCCUUUCGAAGGAAAGACAAAUGGACAUAUUCAUAGAUUACGAGCUGGAGGAAUUGAAGCCUUCCCCUCGCGAGAAAGACGUUAUUACGGACGAAGCCGACGAUACCUCUAGUUCCUCGAAGAAGGAAGGAAACGACGGCGGAAUGUCAGCUCUGAAACUAAUUCCAAAUCAACUUUUACUUCGACGUACCAACAGCUUACCAACUAAACGACCUGGAGAGCUGGUAGCUAUAGAACCCGACACAAGUGCUUCACAACGGUCCACGAUAUCUUUCAAGAUCAACAGGAAGACCAUCCAAGGAACAGUUCACGAAGACAGCAAGUUGGACGAAAGCGUAGCAGAGGAGGAAGAGAAGGAACCCGAACAAGCUAAGAAGGCCGAAUUAUUCGUUGAGGAGGAAGAAGAGGACGACGACGAGUACGAGUCAGAAAAUGACGAUGAAGAUGACGAAGACGACGAUGAAGACGACGACGAUGACAAUGACGAAGAGGAAGAGGACGAGGAAGAGGAAGCUAUCGAGGAGAAACAAAAGAAAGAAAAGAUACCUCGUCCUGAAAUCGACCUCGCAGAUGUCCUAGAGACAUAUUCAACAACUGAGAGGUUCGGUGAUUCCACGUUCCUCGACAAUAGGAGGGAAGAAAGUCGCAUCGAUCAGGACAUUGGCGAAGCGAUGAAUAUAGAGCCGCCAGUGAUUUUCGAAAAGCCAAAAUCAAAGGAGGAGCAGCAGAGCAGUCCUGUUAGGAGAUUGAAAGAUGACGAGCCGGAAGAUUGGGAUGACGAGGAUCAAGGUAGGUCUACGCCUAGGAAUGCUACGUAUGCAGAGUUGAAAUCCUCGGCAGAGAGGGUAGAAAGGAAGUACGACCGUCGAAAUUCGAAGAUUUCUUGUGCCGAACCACGUAAGUACCCCAGCCCAUCUACCGGGCGUGGCAGAAGAAAGCGAAGCGACAGUCCGAAUAUAUUGCGAGAGAGGGAAACUAGCAGAAGUCGCAGCGACAGUCGCAGCUUCAGCAGAAGCCGAAGUAAGAGUCCCAGAAGACGGGAGGAAAAUGCAGCUGCCGCUGGUCGAGAUAGAGACAGAGAGAGGAAGAGAUUGGAUGAAGAUCGAUCCAUCAGAUCUAAGUAUCCCGAUCAGAAGAAAGAGAGAAGCUUGCGAAGUCCACCCCGACAUUCCGGAUAUUCGUCCGCUAAAGAUGAAGAGAGAAAACGCACAGACGCUGUGAGCAAGACUGGUCGUGAUCGUACCAGAAGAAGAUACGACGACAGGUCUAGAGAGAGAGAUAGGGAAAGGAGGUCCUACAACCCCAUUGAGAUGCUGCGAGAGAGAAGCCUAGAUUCCGAGAGAUAUCGAACACCAGGACGCAGAGAAAGGGGAGAAGAAGACAGACUGCUUUGGCAAUCCGAAGAGGAAGUGGGUCCUCGUGACAACAGCGAGAUGGGUUACGGACCCUGUAAAGAUUUAGAUAUAGACUACGAUGAUAGGUCAUAUUGUCGAGACGAGAGUCUCGAGAGGGACAUUACCGAAGGCCCGCUACGAAACGAAUUUUCUAGUAGACGCAGAAGGAGUAGGGGAAGAAUGGACGAGAGACCUUCGAGAGGCUGGGAAAAGGACAGGGAAAGGUCUCCUUGUCAAGACCGCGCGAGGCCAGGAUCCUCGGCGUCGUCGACGUCCAUAAGGAGGUCAAGGGAACAAAUCUACAAACGGUCGAAGUCACCGCCACGACGGCGAUCUCCAGGCCGUCAACCUGCGGAUCGCUGUGGUAGAUUCGAAUCGAAAUCCAGAUCGAGAUCCAGAUCGCGGUCGUGGUCAAGGUCCAGAUCAAGAUCUAGGUCCAGGUCGAGAUCCGGAGCCAGGAGUCCUGAGCGAACCUUAAGGUCUAUGGAGCGUCGUCGACGCUCCAGGUCACUUUCCCCGUCGAAAAUCAGAGGUGGCAGCGACAGUGAUAGGUCCAGAACUGGCAUCGAGGAAAGGGAUACCAGGAGAAUUGAAAAUAUAGUCGGUACCGCAGGUGCUGAGCGGGGCAGACGAAUAGAGACAAUUCAAACCGUGACUUCGUCACCUGCCAUCUCGACAAAUACGGCCAUUCAUGACUCGGAAAUGCUUCCCAACGAAGACACCGUCGGCGGUGAUAACGUUGCUGCGUUCAGAUACUCGAAUGAAAAUGCCGGUGGAAAUGAGUAUUACUACUACUCAGGAAACAAUCUCACGUAUCCACCGCGCAUCGAUGAAACUGCAUCUCCCAAACGCCUAUCCUUGGACGACAGGUUGGAACUGGAAUUGGGGAUCAAAAAGCAAGAAGGCGGCGCGAGCGAGUACAAUCAAGAGGGAUUCUCGGCAGAUACCGUCUCGUACACGGCAUCUCCCAGCUCGACGUCCUUACCACCCUUACAACAUCAACAGCAACGACUCUAUCACCGCCAACAACCUACCGUUCUUCAAGUUGGAAACGUCUUGCAAGUCGUCCCUGCGGAUUUUGUGGAAGCAGCUUCGGUAGUAAGCGCUCACGGUGAGAACGUACCACCACCCGCUCCUGUUAGUCAUGCAUCGACCCGGGUGGUUCGAGUAGGGAACGUUCUUCAAGUUGUGCCCACCGCGACGUUGGACUGGAGCGGGGUAACGAAUGCACCUGCUGUCGAGCAACAAGUGGUCGCUGCACCGUUGCAUCGUUACCCCAGUGGGAGCGUCCCCGCUUUGCCUCCACCUGCGGUGGGCAUCAGCACCUCUGCGCCUGUAACCGUUUCCACUUCUGCUACCCCUUCAGGUUCCAUCCCCGUUCCUGUGCCGAUAGUAUCCCCGGUGGAGAUUGCACCCUCUGUGCCCGUUCCUCUUUCGGUCCCUGUUCCAAUACCUGUGCCCGUUCCUCUGCCGGUACCGAUGGCGGUUCCCGUACCCACACCGGUAGCAGCGCCGGUAUAUCCGAAAGUGGAAGUUGUGGUGCGAGAGCCUACGAUCCAACCGGUCUAUGACUAUGGAGCAAUUCUAGAAGCGCGUCGAAAGGAGCGGGAAGAGCGGAAGAAGGAAAAGGAACGUCGACGAGCCGAGAAGGCGAAACGUCGAGAGGAACGCGUCCUUCGUAAGAGCGCCAUUCGACAACCCGAGAGCACGAGGGUCCCAUUGGGGCCACCUUCUCGACGACGAAUUUCCUUGUACUCGGAGCAGGCUCGCGUUCCUCCUAUUCCGGUUCCUACGAAUGUCCUAUCGGCGAGUCCUUCGGUGCUCAAUGUCGAAGAACAACCGGUAGGUCGGCUCAAACAACGAAAGGACCUCGACAAGGUUGCGACUGUGCGCGAAGUAGAGGAGACUCCGGUUGUGAAUACAGAGGUCGAGGAGGAGGAAGAGGAGGAAGGACCGGAAGCCGAAGUGGAAGCUGACGAGGAAGAAGAAGAGCCGGAGGAAGAGGAAGAAGAUGGCGAAGAGGAGGAGGACGAGGACGAAGACGAGGAGGAGGAAGAAUCUGCUGGGAGGGAACGAGUUGCGGCGCCUCCAGAAAUUAGGGAAAACGUACCGGAAGAGACACUUAGCGUCUCGGUAGAAAAGGAGAAAGACCGAACACCGGCGUAUCUAAGCUCCUGGCCGCUGUUACCUCCCGCGCCUAUCAAAGGAAUCCUCGUUUCUCCGGGAUUCGGGUUCGAUAAUUUAACUAACGGCAGUGCGGGCGAGUUGUCCGAGGAGGAGGAUCUGCGAGCCGAAGAGAAGGUCGAGUCGUCUGUACAAAGCGAGCUGAAGGACGACAUUACUCGAGACUGGGACAAGAAGCAAACAUCUUCGCUCAAACCUAAUCGAAGACGAGGUAAGAAAUCCGUUCAGUUCGCCGAUGGAGUCAGACCUGGAGAAGGUACAAGCCCGAGCGGUGGCGAGGGCGACAUGCCUUCCCCUCCACCUCCAGUACCUGGACACUCGCACCUCAGAGACGGUAUCCGCGACGUCACCAAGAAGAUCAGGAAAAGUAGGAGAAAACAGAAGAGGAUGAAGCAACCGAAGACUAAGAAGAAAGUCAAGGUGAAGAUAAUCAAACUGAAAAAACCUAGAAUAACCCCGUUAACCGCAAUGAUGUUGGACGACUCCGACGACAUGGAUGACCGCUCGCCACCUCCACCCCCGCCGGGAUCCCCACCUCCUCCUGAUCAGUGGCCGAGCUACCUUGCAGCCUAUAAUGCAACCGUGCACACCAUCGAACCCACGCACUCGCAGGUGCAACUCUCUCCCACCAGUGGCCCCGUCCAAGCGACGCCACCUCCGACGCCGUUGCCCCUACUGGUUCCCCCACCGCCUCUGAACUACACGAUACAACCGUGCAACAAAGUCUAGCGAUCGAGUCCUUGUACAUGAGUGACAAGCCUUCCCUAUCUCGUCGUCUCGGCGUAUCUGAAAACGCUACACGAUGGUGGAUUAUAGAACAGUUUGUGGAUCGCUAAAACGGCAUACAUUAGAUGCGUGAGAUGUAUGCGCGUGACGGCUGAUCUGUCCGAGGAACGGUUCGGCAUUGUUAAAUCGUACACGUCAAGGGGCAUAACUAAAGCGACAUUGAGCAAUCGCCGAGGCGUAUAGAUUUUUCUUUUUUCCGACUUUUGUACAUACAUAACAUCGUUUUUAGUAAGUGUUUGUCGAAACGGCGUUGCGACUGACAAGAACUUUAGUGCAAUCGAAGCACUGGGCGAAUCCGCGGUUCAACAGCGGUAUAAUGCUUCUUCGUUCUUACGCAAACCGGAGAAUAUAGAAACCGUAUCGAGCGUGUAUGCACGUGUUAUCUAUUAUUAUUAGUAAUUAUUAUUAUUAUUAUUAUUA